AUGCCGAAACCGUCAAGAGAACAAUCGGAUGAUGAAACCGAGGAGUCGGUGAAGUUUAAGAGGUUGCACAAGCUGGUAAACUCCACUCGCAGAGUGAGAAAGAAACUAAUUAGGGUGGAAGAGAUGAAAAAGCCCAGCACUGAAGGUGGAGAGGAACAUGCCUUUGAGAAUUCCCCAGUCCUGGAUGAAAGAUCCGCCCUGUACUCAGGAGUCCACAAGAAGCCAUUUUUCUUUGAUGGCUCUCCUGAAAAACCUCCCGAAGAUAAUCCUGACUCCCUCACCACCUCUCCCUCAUCCAGCAGCCUGGAUACCUGGGGAGCUGGCCGGAAGCUGGUCAAAACCUUCAGCAAAGGAGAUAGUCGAGGCCUGAUUAAGCCCCCUAAGAAGAUGGGAACAUUCUUCUCCUAUCCAGAAGAAGAAAAGGCCCAGAAAGUUUCCCGCUCCCUCACGGAGGGGGAGAUGAAGAAGGGUCUGGGGUCCUUGAGCCACGGGGUAAGUACGGAUGGUGUUUGCGUCUAUGACAACCACAGACGCAGGCACCACCUGCUCGUGUCCCUAGAGGAGGUUCAAAGUGUCCGGAAGCAAAUCCGCUUGAAGAAAAUGGAUACUAAUUAUUCAUGUUCCAGAGCUUUUCUCUGCCAGCGUCCCUCCAGAAAAGGAGUUAACAGCACAACCUGUGACCUGCAGCUGCUCCGGCAGAAAUCCAAAGGGGGGAGCAGCUGCGGCUUCCCCAGCAGGAGGGUGCGUGGGCGCACCUCAGUCAGCGAGUUCAAUAUCACCUACGUGGUGGAGCGGAGUCUUUACAGCCACCUGAACGUGACCCAGCUAGUGCGUCCCGCCUCAGACAGGACCCUGAGCAAGGCUGAAAAGCAGGAUCUGAGGCGGUGCUUGCUGGAGGAGGAGGAGGAGGCAAAGAGGAAGUGGGCUGCCACAGUCGACCGCUGUACUAAAAGGGUUCUCUUGAGAAUCCACCAGAAGUCUAGAACCUGCAGUUUUGGAGGAUUUGACCUGACAAACCGCUCACUGCACAUUGGCAGUAAUAAUUCUGACCCAAUGAGUAAAGAAGGAGAUUUUGUGUACAAAGAAGUAAUCAAAUCACCCACUGCCUCCCGCAUCUCUCUUGGAAAAAAGGUGAAAUCAGUGAAAGAGACAAUGAGGAAGAGAAUGUCUAAAAAGUACAGCAGCUCUGUCGCUGAGCAGGACUCUGGCCUUGGUGGGAUGCCUGGCUCCCCGCCGUCCUCGCAACCCGACUCUGAGCACCUGGACAAACCCAAGCUCAAAGCUGGAGGCUCCGUAGAGAGUCUGCGGAGCUCACUAAGUGGGCAGAGCUCGAUGAGUGGCCAAACUGUAAGUACUACCGAUUCUUCCACCAGCAACAGGGAAAGUGUGAAGUCAGAAGAUGGUGAUGAUGAGGAGCCCCCCUACCGGGGCCCCUUCUGUGGGCGCGCCAGGGUGCACACUGACUUCACGCCCAGCCCCUAUGACACAGACUCGCUGAAGCUCAAGAAAGGAGAUAUCAUUGAUAUAAUCAGCAAACCACCGAUGGGUACUUGGAUGGGCCUGUUGAACAACAAAGUCGGCACAUUCAAGUUCAUCUACGUGGACGUGUUAAAUGAAGAAGAGGAGAAGCCCAAGCGCCCCACCAGGAGGAGGAGAAAAGGAAGACCACCCCAGCCCAAGUCUGUGGAAGAUCUGCUUGAUCGGAUUAAUCUGAAAGAACACAUGCCCACAUUCCUCUUUAAUGGGUAUGAAGAUUUGGACACCUUUAAGCUUCUGGAGGAGGAAGACUUGGAUGAGUUAAAUAUCAGGGACCCAGAGCACAGAGCUGUUCUCUUGACAGCGGUGGAGCUGUUACAGGAAUAUGACAGUAACAGCGACCAGUCAGGAUCCCAGGAGAAGCUGCUUGUUGACAGCCAGGGCCUGAGUGGAUGCUCCCCACGAGACUCAGGAUGCUACGAGAGCAGCGAGAACCUGGAAAAUGGCAAGAUGCGGAAAACUAGUCUCCUAUCUGCCAAGCCAUCAACCGAGACUGGCUUUAAGUCGUUCAGCAGAAACCAGCUGGGCAGCUACCCAACACUGCCCUUAACGAAAUCAGUGGAUGCGCUGAAGCAGGGAGAGGAGAGCCGCCUGGGCAGUGGGCUUACCCCUUAUGCCUCCACCAGCUGUGACCAGCCAUGCGCGACUGGUUUGAAUAAAAACCGAAGAAGCCUCCCCGUUUCCAUCUGCCAGAGCUGCGAGACCCUGGAGGGCCCCCAGACUGUGGAAACUUGGCCCCGAUCCCAUUCCCUGGACGACCUUCAGGGAGAGCCUGAUGCUGAAAAAGAUGUGCCUAGGGGGGUGACAGGACCCUCCCCUGAGAUUCUACCAGAAGUGCCACAAAAGACAACCACCUCCAUCUCCAAGGUUCAAACCCCAGAACGAGAAUCUGCUGUAGACAAUGCAUUGCUACUGACCCAAAGCAAGAGAUUUUCUGAACCUCAGAAAAUUACGACUAAGAAACUGGAUGGUUCAGUAGCUGUCUCUUCACAGGGCACAUCACCUCCUCAGUGUUUGCCCAAAAACUAUGACAGUCAACCUCCGGGAGCUAAACACAGUUUCACAAGGACACCUCUUGAGGGUCACAGAAAAGGGCACGAUUUUGAAGGAACAAAUCAUCCCCCAGGCACCAAAGAAGGGGUAGAUGUUGAGCAGACGGUCCCUGAGGCAAGAACACAGCCAAAAAAUCCUUCGCAGCCUCCACCUGUUCCUGCCAAAAAGAGCAGAGAACGCCUGGCUAACGGUCUCCACCCUGUUCCCGGAGGCCCUGGGGGGACCCUCCCCAGCCCUGACACACCGUGUCUGCCAAUUAAAAGGAGCAGCCCUGCCAGCCCCACUGACUGCCACACAACACAGGCUUCUAGGGCCCCCUCAGGGCAGGAGCCUGGCAGCCCCCCAAGCACGAGACCACCCCCCUGGCUCUCAGACCUCCCGGAGAGCAUAAGUCUCCAGGAGCACGGCGUGAGGCUGGGCCUGGCGUUGACCAGGAAGGUGUCCUGUACCCGAGGGGUUGAUCUGGAAAUGCUGACUGAAAACAAGCUACAAGCAGAAGGCAUUGAUCUCACCGAGGAGCCGUACUCUGAUAAGCACGGCCGCUGUGGGAUUCCGGAAGCCCUGGUACAAAGAUACGCGGAGGACUUGGAUCAGCCUGAGAGGGACGUCGCCACCAACAUGGACCAGAUCCGCGUGAAGCUGCUUCGCAAGCAGCACCGCAUGGCGAUCCCAAGUGGUGGCCUCACGGAAAUCUGUAGAAAGCCCCUCUCUCCUGGAUGCGUGUCGUCCGUGUCUGACUGGCUGAUUUCCAUCGGUCUGCCCAUGUACGCCAGUGCCCUGACAGAAGCGGGGUUCAGCACACUGAGCCAAGUGCCUUCUCUGUCCCACACUUGCCUUCAGGAGGCUGGCAUCACAGAGGAGAGGCACAUAAGCAAGCUCGUAUCUGCAGCCAGACUUUUCAAACUGCCGCCAGGCCCCGAGGCCGUGUAGCCAGGCCAUGGUUGAACUUCCCUGGACAAGAGCCACCCUUUCACUGUGCUUAUGAUGCAACUCCUUCACCCCUGGAUGUGCAGACCAGACCCAAAAGAAAGGCCCAGUGUGCAGCCAAACACAGCACGAAACCUUGGCACAGGACUAAGGACCCUCUCUCCUCCAGAAAAACCCCCUCUCGAGGAAAUUGGCAUGGUUCUCCUCAACCCCCAAAGAAAAGACAAGUACUUAUUUUUAUUUGCAGAACACAAAAGAACCAACAUGCCAGCUAGCCGGAAACGCUUCGCCUCCAGGCUGUCUCUGUGAGCUGGGAGAGGGUGGGGUGGAGAAGGAGGGGCACCCCAUUCCUGCCCUUGCCCUUCUGUCUGUCACCCUGCAGGACGCCUGAGGGCCAGACGGCCUUUAGCUAGGCCAAAGUAACAGACUCGGGAAUUAGUGUACUCUAUGGACCAUGCUCAUUUGUUUAUAAGUAAACAAAUCUGGCUGCACCAGAAGGAAAAAAAAGCCCUGUUCUCCUUUAGAUAAACAAGAAACAUGUUAAUAAUUGCUUUCUAGCAAUCAGCUUUUAUUUGCCUUAACAUAAGCUUUGAGCAGUGAUUUUACUCGUGUUCAUGACCCUGUAACCAUAGUUCCAAACCUUCAGCUUAGACUGCCGUCUAGUGUAUCUGGGGUGUUUUCAGCAAAAUGGGCUUUUCUAAUGUUUCAUUUUGACAUGGCUUAUUUUGUAGGGGUGUUUAUCAGGCACAAAUUUCAUGUUGGCUUUCGGUUUUUAAACUAACUACAAAUCCAGUAAGAAGCUAUCUGAAAUACACAAGGAUGUCUUGUAUAUGUGCGUGUGUGUGUGCAGUAACUACCUUUCAUUUUAAUCAGUUUAUUUUUGUUACCAUGUUGGUCAUUGUGCUGCAGCUUUGACUUGGAAUCUGGACUAUAUCCAUUCCAAACUUCAGUCAUCAGCUAACAGGUCACCUUUGCGAAAAGUCAUUGUAAGAUUGAAUGUUCCAGAAAGAUGUUUUUAAAAAGGGAAGUAGUUUAUAAGAUAUUUUCUAAGUUUUUUAAGUGUUAUAAUUAAGAUGUUGUUAUCUUACUUCUUUUCUUCUUUAGGUAAUUCUUUUAAUUCAAACAAGGGUUCAUUAUGAAGCCAGACAAACCACGCUAGCUAUGUAUUAAGUAUUUGCAUAUUUUCAGUUGCUUUCUAGCUGGUUUUAGCAUAUUCUGUCAUCUUUUAAUCUAGUGUCUGAUUUUCCAGCAAACAGCAAAUUUAGACAACAAACUAUUAAGGUCUUCAUUGCCUACAAAGUGAUUUUCCUUUAUGUUUUUAUUAUGAGCACCACUUUAAGCCUCAGAUGUGAUCAUUUACACCAGAAACACUUUGAACACAAGGCCUUGAUCAAAAGUUAUGUAGUAUUUCAUCUGCUCAUUAAAACAAAUGAUUUCCCUCAGGAAAGAGAAAAAGUGAUUCCAUUUAUGAGAAAGGCAUCUCUAGCAUUUGCUUUAUAUACCUGGAUCCAUGUUUUCUGAGGAAAAGGAUGUUCUCAGGUGAUAUUUUUUUUUUUUUUUUCAUGCUUUGGUAUAUGCAUUUUUGUAAAAUAAAUGUAUGUUUCUUCAAUAACAUUCACCUACUGUAAGAUACCACAUGAAGAUGUGGUAGAAAUGUAGAAAGGCUACAGCUGCCAAACUUCAGCCAAACUCUUAAAACCAGCUCGUUUUAGUCCUCUCAAGUUUUGACGUUCUUGUGAACACAGCACAUUUGGAAUGUAGCAAGGCUGCAGGGUUCUCACGUAACUACAUCAUUUAGGCAUAUUUUAAGUAAUGUGGUGGAGACGGGCAAGAACAGGCUCUUCAUGCUUUUGCAGUCUGCCAGCUUCACAUUCUGAGACAUCCUGCUCAUUGCUAAAGCUGAGCAAAAAGACCACAAGAGUCAAGUUAGAGGUAACAAAGGAAAAGAAGAAAUCCAAUGUGCAUUUCCAAGUUUUAGUUCACGUUCUGUGCUGGAUUUUCAUUUAAGUCAAAGUAGCACCAGAAAAGGGAACUUUCUGGAUUUGAGUGUCUAACAAUGCCAAACCCUUCUUUGGAAAUGAUUUCCUUUGCAUAGAAAAUCAAAAUCAGGGACCAUGAAUAAUGUUCAAUGGGAGGUCUUUCUAGUCUGAGAUGUCUGCGGUUUUUAUUUUAUUGCAUUUUUUUUUUUUUUCAAAUCUUCUUUUAUAUCUUUAGUGUUUGUUUGGUCUUCUUUUGCUUUAAACUUUUCAGUGGAUGCAGAAGAGCCCGAAUAUUUGCGUGUGACAUUUGACUGCGGUGGUUUGGGACCACCGGUGGGUGUUAGUAGACAGGGGGUGGCUUCAGCAAUAUCCAGUUUCAAUCAGUUGCAUUUGGUACAGAAUUCUGCGAAACAGUAAAAAUUGUUCGGUGUUUUGAAAGCACAAAAGAAACCUGGAAAGGUAGUUCGGCUCAGGUAGCUACACAUCCAUUGUGUAUAAUUUUUGCUUCAGAAGCUGUCUGGAAGGAAAAGCAGCCAGCCAGCCAGCCCCCACUACUAUUUACAUUCCCAGAUAACCAAGAAGCAGGCAUGUUCUCAUGACCUUGCCUUACUCAGAGGCCCUUGCUUGUUCCUGAACCCAGGUGUGGGUGUAAUAGAAAUGACUCGUCUACUGGAAACCAGUUCCUGACGUAGCCGAGUUUGCUUUUGUAACUGCAGCAACAGAGGCCAGUUCACCAAGUCGCCACCGCAUGGGUGCACUGUAUUAUUUUCAGAAAAAAAGAAAAAUCGAGUAGUCUGAGUCCAAGUUAUCUUGAUUUCAAAUUGAUAGAGAAAACAAACUGUCAAGCAAGUUAUAUAACAACUAACAACAUUGCACUUUCUGUAUAUGAAAUCAAUAUUUAAAUAACUUAUUUUUCUCCGUGGCUGUUCUUAAACAUUGUAAGUAGCUGUAAUAUACCAGUACCAAUAUGUUCUUGCAAUUGCUUCAGCCCAAGAAAGCUGUGUAUUGUUUUAAAAAUUGUAAAAAUUAUUGUGAUGACUCAUUUAGCAAAAAGAGAGUUGGACAGAAGGGUUUUCCUAUGUAUCAAAGCUUGUCUAUAAUUAUGUCAUCUACGUAC